AAGAGAAUAAUGUCAAAGUGGAAUGUUUUGUUUGUAAACAUCUAACGUUUGGUGCAUUUAAGAGAAAUUUAAUCAACUUUGAUUUGAUUAUUGCAAUUGUUGUUGAGAUGACUCGUCAUGCAAGGAACUGCACUGCCGGAGCGGUUUACACCUAUCACGAGAAAAAGAAAGACGCUGCUUCGUCCGGUUUUGGUUCAUCAUCACGGCGCAUUGGUAAGGACUCGGUGAAAGGAUUUGAUUGCUGCUCUCUGACGCUACAGCCUUGCCACAACCCUGUUAUAACCAAAGAUGGAUAUUUGUUCGACAAGGAAGCUAUUCUUACCUACAUCAUUACAAAGAAAAAGGAAUUUGCCAGAAAAAUGAAGGAAUACGAACGACAACUGAAGCAGGAUGAGGAGGAACAAACGGAAAAGGUGAAUGCCGAAACUAAAAAGCAGGUAGAUCGCUUCAUUUCCACCGAGAAGAACAUCGUCAGCUCUAAGCCUACCAAUCAGUUAGAUGAGAUUCCCAGCACCAGCGGAGCAAUUUCAAACGUGUCCCUCGGCAAGCGCAAGGAACUGCCCAGCUUUUGGGUGCCUUCGCAGACUCCUGCGGCCAAGGUGGCACGCAUCGAGAAACCGGACAGCAAAAUUUACUGUCCCAUUUCCAACAAGCCAUUGAAGAUGAAAGACUUGAUUGAUGUGAAGUUUACCGAGGUGAAGGAUCCUUCUGAUAAGAAAUCCUUGAUUGCUAAGGAAAAUAGGUACAUGUGUGCUGUAACGCAUGAUAUCCUCAACAAUUCUGUUCCCUGUGCUGUUCUGAAAACCACAGGAGAUGUUGUUACUUUGGAAUGUGUGGAAAAGAUUAUCAAGAAAGAUAUGAUUCAUCCGCUGACCAAUGAGAAACUCAACGAAUCCGACAUCAUUACAUUGCAAAGGGGUGGAACUGGAUUUGCAACAACCAACGAUAACCUUCAGGCAAAAGAAGAGCGACCAGCAUUGCAAUGUUAAAGUAUAGCAUAAUUCAUUUUUCAUAUGAUAAUAAAUAAUGACACUAAAAA